GAUGGCAUUAUGCAGGUUCCAGGGCCAGAGGGAUUUAUCCGGAGGGCUGAGGCAGGCUUGGGGGAGCGGCUGUCCUGGCCUUUGUGUACGCCCCUUUUCAUCAACUAGCGGGCCAAGAAAGAGACAGAAAAAAGCAACAGCAUCCCAGCCCAGUCCCUACAGCUCCUCCAUCUGCACAACGGAGCUGGACGGACCGGCCAGAAUGUGGAGAGCACUGCUUCUUCAACUCUUCCUCGUCUUUAUAUGUUGUGUAAGAUGGUGCAACUCUGAAGGAUGCGAGUUGGGGCAGUUUCGCUGUGGGACUGGUCGAUGUAUACCAGGUGACUGGCACUGUGACGGCACAUUAGACUGUGUGGAUGACUCUGAUGAACACGACUGCCCUCAGGUCACAUGCGAUGACAGUCAUUUCCGGUGUUUGAGUGACGGCGAGUGUAUCCCUGUUGUGUGGCUGUGUGAUGAUGAGGAGGACUGUGAGGAUGGUUCAGAUGAGAGGCACCACUGCCCUGGAAGGACGUGCACCAGUAGCCAGUUCAGUUGUAGUAACGGGCCAUGCAUCCCAGGCGAAUACAGAUGUGACCGUCUGGCGGACUGCUCAGAUGGGUCUGAUGAGAGAGACUGCCAUUACCCCGAGUGCACACAGCUGAGGUGUGCUAAUGGGGCCUGCUACAACCGAACCCAAAGAUGUGACCAGAUGCUUGACUGUCGUGAUGGCUCUGAUGAGGCAAAUUGCACACAGCACUGCAAUACAGGCCUGUUUCCGUGUCAUAACGGGGUGUGUGUUCCUCAACGCUACAUCUGUGACCAUGACGAUGACUGUGGAGACAGAAGUGAUGAGCUAAACUGCACAUAUCCUACAUGUAGAGGGAACUACUUCACCUGCCCCAGUGGCCGCUGUAUCCACCAAGUCUGGGUUUGUGAUGGAGAGGAUGACUGUGAGGACAAUGCAGACGAAAAAGGCUGUGGUAAUGUACCGCGGGAAUGUUACCCAGGAGAAUGGCCCUGUCCAUCCUCUGGCCAGUGUAUCCCUAUGGAUCAGCUAUGCGAUGGGACAGCUCACUGUUUUGAGGGAGAAGAUGAAACUAACACCACUGCUGGGCGCAACUGCAGUAUCUGGAGAUGUGCCUCUCUGAGUUGUGAGCAUCGUUGCCAUGCCUCCCCUGAUGGAGGGACCUGUUCUUGUCCUUCUGGAUACAUUGUCAGCAUCAACGAUAGUCGCUCAUGCAUAGACUUUGACGACUGUUCAAUGUGGGGAGUCUGUGACCAGCUGUGUGAGGACCGCAUAGGCUCCCAUCGCUGCAGCUGUCGAGAGGGCUACACCCUGGAGCAGCACAGAUACUGCAGAGCUGACGUCUCAACUGGAGUCCCUUCCUUGAUAUUUUCUAAUGGCAGAGACCUGCUAAUAGGUGACAUUCAUGGCAACAGUCUACGCACUUUGGUUCAUUCACAGAACAGAGGGGUUGCAGUGGGAGUGGACUUCCAUUAUAAUCUCCAUAGGAUCUUCUGGACUGAUACUAUUCAAAAUAAGGUGUUUUCUGUGGACAUGGACGGUUCCAAUAUGCAGGUGGUUUUAAAUGUAUCAGUUGACUACCCUGAGAAUUUGGCGGUGGAUUGGGUGAACAAUAAACUGUAUGUGGUGGAGUCCAGCGUCAACAGGAUUGACAUGGUGGAUUUUGAUGGAAGUAACCGGGUCACACUCAUCACUGAAAACCUUGGAAACCCGAGAGGACUGGCGGUGGACCCCACUGUCGGGUAUAUGUUCUUCUCAGAUUGGGAGGCAGUGAAUGGACAACCAGGUCUGGAGCGGGCCUUCAUGGAUGGCACCAAUCGUUAUGGGAUCAUUGGGAGUAAACUGGGUUGGCCAGCCGGUGUCACUCUGGACAUCGAAGCCAAGCGCAUCUACUGGGUUGACAGUCGCUAUGACUACAUUGAAACUGCAACAUAUGAUGGCCUUCAUAGAAAAUCCGUGGUCCAUGGAGGUGCUGUGAUCCCACACCCAUUUGGCAUCAGUCUAUUUGAGCACAAUGUCUAUUUCACGGACUGGACCAAGAUGGCCGUGAUGAAAGCCAACAAGUUUACUGACAGCAGUCCUCAAGUUGUUUACAAUACAUUUCAGACUCCACACGGAGUAGCAGUGAUACAUCAGCUGAAACAGCCAUAUGUGCCAAACCCUUGUAGUGUAGACAGAGGAGGAUGUCAGCAGAUCUGUGUUCUGAGUCACAGGAGUGACAAUGGAGGACUGGGUUACCGCUGCAAGUGUCGCAUGGGCCAUGACCUACAUGCCGAUGGCAAGCGAUGUUUUGCUGUGAGGCAGUUUCUGCUGUUCUCCAGCCAGCUGGCCGUCAGAGGGAUCCCCUUUAACCUCUCUUCUCAGGAAGACAUCAUCCUGCCCGUCACUGGAUCACCUUCCUACUUUGUCGGGGUGGAUUUUAGUGCGGAAGACGAUGCCAUCUUCUUCUCAGAUACAGCCAAAGAUAUUAUCUAUAAACAAAAAGUGGAUGGGACUGGCAGGGAGGUACUGGCAGCUAAUAGAGUGGAGGGAGUGGAGGACCUGGCUUAUGACUGGAUUUCAAAAAACCUCUACUGGACUGACCCCCGAUACAGGAGCAUAUCUGUCAUGAGGCUAGCUGACAAGUCCAGGAGAGCCAUCAUACAAAACCUCAACAAUCCUCGUGCAAUUGUGGUGCAUCCUCCCAUUGGGUAUAUUUUUUGGACGGACUGGUACCGGCCAGCAAAGAUUAUGAGGGCUUGGGGUGACGGGUCUCAUGCCCUGUCAAUUGUAAACACAACUCUUGGCUGGCCAAAUGGCCUAGCUAUUGACUGGAACUUAAUGCGUCUGUAUUGGGUGGAUGCCUUCUUUGACAAAAUUGAGCACAGCAAUUUUGAUGGACAAAACAGGAUUUCUUUGGACCGCAUAACCCAGAUCUCCCAUCCAUUUGGUCUCACCAUUUUUGAAGGCUAUGCAUAUUUCACUGACUGGCGCCUGGGUGGCAUUGUACGUGUGCGCAAGACCGAUGGUGGGGAGAUGGUCAUUAUCAGAAGAGGAAUCAGCCACAUCAUGCAUGUCAAGUCUUUCAACUCCAACUCCCAGAUUGGUUCCAACCUCUGCAACAGGCAGACAAAUCCUAAUGGAGACUGCAGCCACUUUUGCUUUCCAGCCCCAAACUCACUGAGGGUGUGUGGCUGCCCGUAUGGCAUGAAGCUGUUGCCCAACCAUCAGACAUGUGUAGAAGACCCUUCCAACGAGCCCCCCACGCUGCAGUGCGGAGCCAACUCCUUCUCCUGUGGCAACGGCAAAUGUGUCCCAAACAGCUACAGAUGCGAUGGUGUUGACGACUGCCAUGACAACAGUGACGAAGUUAACUGUGGAAUUAACAACAACACUUGCUCCCCCACUGCAUUCACCUGUGCUAAUAAGCAAUGUGUGCCGGCAAGAUGGCGCUGUGACGGGCACAAUGACUGUUUUGAUAACAGCGAUGAGUAUAACUGCCCUACGCAAGUGCCUGGAACAUGCCCUGCUAAUCAGUUUUCCUGUGCCAACCACCGCUGCAUCCCACAUACCUGGCGUUGUGACACUGAUAACGACUGUGGGGACGGUUCAGAUGAAGCUGACUGCCAUCUGAGAAGCACAUGCAUUCCAGGACAGUUUCAGUGUCCAGACCACCGCUGCAUAGAUCCCAACUAUGUCUGUGAUGGGGACAGGGACUGUGUGGAUGGGGCAGACGAGCAGGGAUGCAUCUACAACUGCACAUUGAAUGAGUUCAAGUGCUCCAGUGGUCACCAGUGUAUCAACUCCUACUACCGAUGUGAUGGAGUCUUUGAUUGCAGUGAUCGCUCAGAUGAGCAAGGCUGUCCUACUAGGCCCCCAGGGAUGUGUCACCAUGAGAGCGAGUUCCAGUGUCAAUCAGAUGGGAGCUGUGUACCGUCUACCUGGGAGUGUGAUGGUCAUCCAGACUGUGAGGAUGGCAGCGACGAACACCAUGCCUGCCCACCUCGCACCUGCCCCUCUUCACUUGCUCGCUGUGACAAUGGAAACUGUGUGUUACGUAGCUGGCUUUGUGAUGGGGACAAUGACUGCAGGGAUAUGAGCGAUGAAAGAGACUGUCCCACACCGCCUUUCCAAUGUCUGAGCUGGCAGUGGCAGUGCCCCGGCCACAGUCUGUGCAUCAACCUCACCACAGUAUGUGACAACACUCCUGACUGCCCCAAUGGUGCGGAUGAGUCUCCUCUCUGCAGUAAAUCAGGAAGCUGUUCGGACAACAAUGCUGGCUGCACCCACGGUUGUAUCCAAGGGCCGUUUGGGGCCCAGUGCACUUGCCCUGUGGGUUAUCAACUGAGCAAUGACUCCAAAACCUGUGAGGAUGUAGAUGAGUGUAAUCCCCCUGGAUUAUGUAGCCAGCACUGCUUUAAUGAGAGAGGCUCUUUCCGCUGCCACUGCCAGGAUGGUUACACUCUCGGUAACCAGCGUACCUGCAAGGCCUCAGAUUCUCGUCAGGCGUUUCUGCUAGUGGCCAGUCGUAAUCAGAUAGUACAAGAUGACAUAACCACUCAGCCCAAUGUGAUCCGUUCACUGGUUCGAGAUGGACGCAACAUUGUGGCCCUAGAUUUUGACUCGGUCACUGACCGUGUGUACUGGUCCGACACAAGCCAAGACAGAAUCUGGAGUGCUAACAAGAACGGCAGUGACAGAACUGUGAUAUUUGACAGUGGAGUGACUGUAACAGAGAGCCUUGCAGUGGACUGGGUGGGCAGAAAUUUAUACUGGACUGACUACGUCUUGGAGACUAUUGAAGUGUCAAAACUGGAUGGGACCCACCGCACUGUAUUAGUCAGUGAAAAUGUCACCAACCCCAGAGGCCUAGUGCUGGACCCAAGAGACAAUGCUCACCUUAUGUUCUGGACCGACUGGGGCAGGAACCCCCGCAUUGAGAGAGCCAGCAUGGAUGGGAAAUUGAGGACUGUUAUCAUAAGCAACAAGCUGUACUGGCCCAAUGGUCUAACCAUAGACUAUCCAAACAAUUUGUUGUACUUUGCUGAUGCCUACUUGGAUUUCAUUGACUACUGCGAUUAUAACGGCAACAACAGGAAGCAAGUCCUGGCCAGUGACCUGGUACUGCAACAUCCCCACGCAAUUACCAUUUUUGAGGAUUUUGUGUAUUGGACCGACAGAUACAUCAACCGUGUGAUGCGAGCCCAUAAGUGGCAUGGGGAGAACCAGACAGUGAUGCUUUUCAACCUCCCUCAGCCCAUGGGUCUGGUGGCGGUACACCCAGCCAGGCAGCCAACAGGUGAAAAUCACUGCUUGAGGAGUCCCUGCACUCAUAUCUGCCUGCUUUCUGCUGUGGAACCAAGUUACUACUCGUGUGCCUGUCCCUCAGGCUGGACACUGGCAACAGACCAAAUCACCUGCACCAGAGUUGAAGAUCCUUUCCUGGUGGUUGUGAGAGACAGCAUCAUCUAUGGCAUUUCCUUAAACCCAGAUGACAAGAGUAAUGAUGCUAUGGUCCCUAUUGCUGGGCUUCACAAUGGCUAUGAUGUUGACUUUGAUGACAGUGAACAGACCAUCUACUGGGUGGAGCACCCGGGUGAGAUCCACAGGGUGAAGUCAGAUGGUACUAACAGGACAGAGUUUGCCCCUGCGGCCAUCCUUGGCUCCCCUGUCGGCCUGGCCUUGGACUGGAUAACAGAGAACCUGUACUACACUAAUCCAGCUACACAGUCUAUUGAGGUUUUGAAGUUGAGAGGGGAGGUACAGUACAGGAAAACUCUCAUCACAAAUAACGGCUCUCCAACUGGCGCUGGUAGUCCUGUUGGCAUCGCAGUGGACCCAGCACGUGGCAAACUGUACUGGACAGACCAGGGAACAGAGAGCGGCAUCCCUGCCAAGGUGGCAUCUGCAGACAUGGAUGGCUUAAACCCUGUCACCUUGUUCAUCAACAACCUAGAUCACGUUGAGUUUCUUACUGUGGACAUCCAAGAGAACAAGUUGUACUGGGCUGUUACAAGCACUGGCAUGAUUGAGCGUGGGGAUCCAGAUGGGAGUAACCGCAUCACCAUAGUCACAGGCCUUUCUCACCCCUGGGGUGUGGCUGUCUAUCAAAACUACCUCUACUUCACUGACCGCAACUUUGAGGUUAUAGAGCGUGUGGACAAGUCCACGGGGGCCAACAGGGUUGUGCUGCGAGACAAUGUCUCUGGACUCAGAGUUCUGAAAGUGCAUUAUCGAGAAACCUCUGCAGGUACCUCGAAUGGCUGCACCAACAAUAUGGGAGUGUGUGAGCAACUUUGCCUGCCUCGGACGCAAGGUCUGUUUACCUGUGCAUGCGCCACAGGUUUUAAACUUAAUGCUGACAACAGGACCUGCACUCCUUACCAGUCCUAUGUUGUCAUCUCCACUCUGUCUGCAAUCAAAGGCUUCAGUCUGGAAGGGGCAGACCAUUCUGAGGCCAUGGUGCCUGUGGCUGGGAGAGGCCGUAAUGCUUUACACAUUGAUGUACACAUGGCUUCUGGUUUCAUCUACUGGUGUGACUUCAGCAGCACUGUGGCCACACAAAACGGGGUCAGACGGAUCAAGCCGGAUGGCUCUGGAUUACAUAGUGUAGUAACAUCUGGAAUAGGACGCAACGGGAUACGAGGCAUUGCUGUGGACUGGGCUGCAGGGAACCUGUAUUUUACCAACGCCUUCCUAACGGAGACAUAUGUGGAGGUGCUCCGCCUGAACACCACUUUCCGCAGGGUGCUGCUGAAGACCCAGGUGGACAUGCCACGCCACAUUGUGGUGGACCCCAUAAACAGAUUCUUGUUCUGGGCUGAUUAUGGUCAGAACCCCAAAAUUGAGCGAGCACUCUUGGAUGGCACCAACCGCACAAUUUUAGUGUCAUCAGGGAUUAUUACUCCUCGAGGUCUCGCUCUGGAUUGGCAAACUGGCUAUGUGUACUGGGUAGACGAUUCCCUGGAUAUGAUAGCCCGAGUCAACCCUCAAGGAGGGGAGACAGAGAUAGUCAGAUAUGGCAGCCGCUACCCAACUCCUUAUGGAAUUGCAGUGUUUGAGAGUAGUAUCAUUUGGGUGGACAGAAACCUCAAGAAGGUGUUCCAAGCAAGCAAACAGCCUGGCAGCACAGAGCAGCCUGCUGUCAUCAGAGACAACAUCAACAUGCUGAGGGACGUUACCGUCUUUGACCAACACACCCAGCCUGCCACUGUCCAGCAGCUUAACUACAACCCCUGUAUAGAAGCUAAUGGAGGCUGUGCCCACUUCUGCUUCGCCCUCCCAGGUUCUGGCACAGGUAACCAGAACAAAAAAUGCAGCUGCGCUUUUGGGAAUCUUGCAGUAGAUAACAAGAGCUGUGUGGUGUCAAGGGAUGAUAUUCUUAUCUACACGACUGAGAGCACCGUGCGCAGCCUGCGUCUCAACCCCGAGGACCAUGCAUUGCCCUUCCCUGUGGUCAAUGUCCCACGUACCUCAGUGGCACUGGAUUUUGACCUCACAGACAGGAGAAUCUACUUUACACAGAGCUCAGGCGCAGGAGCAAGCAAGAUCAGCUACAUCAGCCUGUCCUCUCCCACCUCAGCCCCUGUAGUUAUAGCUUCAGAUCUGGGGGCUCCCGACGGCAUUGCUUUUGACUGGAUAAACAGAAGAGUUUACUAUAGUGACUAUGUCAACCAGAGCAUCAGCUCCAUGUCUGUGGAUGGCUCUCAAAGGACAAUUAUUGCCCAUGUGUCCAGGCCAAGGGCCAUCAUGUUAGAUCCCUGCAGGGGUUACAUGUAUUGGACAGACUGGGGAACCCAUGCAAAGAUUGAACGUGCUACCUUGGGUGGAAACUUCAGGACAGAGAUUGUGAACACUAGUCUUGUGUGGCCCAAUGGACUGACCCUGGACUAUGAAGAAGAGAGACUCUAUUGGGCAGACGCCAGCUUACAGAAGAUUGAGCGAUCCUCUCUCACGGGGUUCAAUCGAGAAGUCAUCGUCAGCACAGCCAUCUACCCCUUUGCUAUGACCAUGUUUGGCCAGUUCAUCUAUUGGACUGACUGGAACACACGCAGCAUCUAUCGGGCCAACAAACACGAUGGUUCUGACCUGAGGGUCAUGAUUCAGAACCUGCCAUCUCGGCCAAUGGAUAUCCAUGCUCUGGCCAGCAGAAAGCAGCAGCAGUGUGAUAGUCCGUGUCAGCAGUUUAAUGGAGGCUGCAGCCACAUCUGCACACCAGGACCCAACGGAGCUGAGUGUCAGUGUCCAUCAGAGGGCCGCUGGUACCUGGCUGACAGCAAGCACUGUAUCCCUGAUAAUGGGACUCGCUGCCAGCCCGGCCAGUUUACCUGUAUGAAUGGCCGCUGUAUUCGUGCCCAGUGGAAAUGUGACAAUGACAACGACUGUGGAGAUGGCAGCGAUGAGUUGGAGAGAAUCUGUGCCUUCCACACCUGUGAGCCCACAGUGUUUACUUGUGGCAAUGGGCGAUGUGUGCCCUACCACUAUCGCUGCGACCACUAUGACGACUGUGGAGACAAUAGUGACGAGAUCAGCUGUCUGUUCAGGCCGUGUGACCCCAACACAGAGUUCAACUGCAACAAUGGCCGCUGUAUCGCAAAAGACUAUGUUUGCAACGGCAUCAACAACUGCUAUGACAACGGGACAACUGAUGAACUUAACUGCCCGGAGAGAACCUGCCAGCCAGAGCACACAAAAUGUCAGUCUACCAACAUCUGCAUCCCACGUUCAUACCUGUGUGAUGGAGACAACGACUGUGGGGAUAUGAGCGACGAGAGUCCUACACACUGUGCAACAUCUACAUGUUCCCAGAGCGAGUUCCGUUGCUCCAGCGGGCGCUGCAUCCCCGCCCACUGGUACUGUGACGGAGGGGCUGACUGCAUAGACAGCUCUGAUGAACCCCUGUCCUGCAUCACACUGGUCAGAACAUGCAACCCAGAUCAGUUUCGCUGCGAUGAUGGCAGGUGCAUUGCCUCAUCCUGGAUCUGUGAUGGGGACAAUGACUGUGGCGAUAUGAGUGAUGAAGACCAGAGGCAUGAUUGUGGCAAUCGCACAUGUUCGAGUGCGGAGUUCACCUGUGUGAACAACCAACCACCCCAGCGGAAAUGUAUUCCACGUGACUGGGUGUGUGAUGGAGACGCUGACUGUGCAGACGCAUUAGAUGAACACCAAAACUGCUCACGCAGAUCCUGUGGCAUCAAUGAGUUCACCUGUAGCAAUGGCCUUUGCAUACGCAGCUCCUAUAGGUGUGACCGACGUAAUGACUGCGGGGACAGCAGUGACGAGCAGAGCUGCACUUAUCAGCCAUGUCAGCAACACCAGUUCACCUGCCAGAACGGCCGCUGUGUGUCCCACGACUUUGUCUGCGAUGGCGACAAUGACUGCGGGGAUGAGUCUGAUGAGCUGGAGCACAUGUGCCACACACCUGCACCUACCUGCCCCCCUGGAGAGUUCAGAUGUGACAAUGGACACUGUAUCUCAUUGAACCAGGUGUGCGACAGGAACGAUGACUGUUCUGACAACAGCGAUGAGAAGGGAUGCGGUGUCAAUGAAUGCACAGACCCAUCCAUCCAUCACUGUGAUCACAAUUGCACCGACACACCCACCAGCUUCAUCUGCACCUGUCGCCCUGGCUACCGCCUCAUGUCUGACAGCAAAACAUGUGACGACAUCGAUGAGUGUGCAGAGACACCGAGUGUGUGCAGCCAGGUCUGCGAGAACACCGUUGGCUCCUACGUGUGCAAGUGUGCCCCAGGAUUCCUCCGAGAGCCGGACGGCCACAGCUGCCGUCAGAACAGCAACAUCUCACCCUACCUCAUCUUCAGCAAUCGCUAUUACCUCAGGAACCUAUCAACAGACGGACAGGCCUACUCUCUGAUCCUGCAGGGCCUGACCAGUGUGGUGGCCAUGGACUUUGAUCGUGUAGACAAGCGUCUUUAUUGGAUUGAUGUGAGCCGCAGGGUGAUUGAGAGGAUGUCCUUCAAUGGCAGUAACAGAGAGGUGGUGGUCAAUGGAGUUCUACAUGGGGAGGGCCUUGCAGUUGACUGGAUAGCCAGAAAACUCUACUGGGUGGACAGCUUUUUGGAUUGUCUCAAAGUGUCUGAACUGGAUGGUCGAUUUGUGAAGAAACUGGCUGAACACUGCGUUGAUGUCAAUAACAGCUACUGCUUUGAAAACCCCAGAGCCAUUGUGUUGCAUCCCAAAUAUGGAUAUGUAUACUGGACAGACUGGGGAGACAAAGCCUUCAUAGGUCGUGUUGGAAUGGAUGGAACUAACAAAGCUGCUAUCAUCACCACCAAGAUAGAGUGGCCCAACGGGAUCACAAUCGACUACACUAAUGACAUGCUCUACUGGUCUGAUGCCCAUCUCAGUUACAUAGAAUACUCGGACUUGGAUGGUCAGCACAGACACACAGUGUAUGAUGGAGAUUUGCCUCACCCGUUUGCCCUGACUGUGUUCGAGGACUUUGUAUACUGGACUGACUGGAACACACGCUCAGUAGAGAAAGGCAACAAAUAUGACGGCUCUGGUCGUCAGGCCCUGGUUAACACCACUCACAGACCAUUUGACAUCCAUGUGUGUCAUCCCUACAGACAGCCUAUUGGAAACAAUCCUUGUACGGUGAACAAUGGAGGCUGCUCACACCUGUGCUUGAUCCGUCAUGGGGGGCGGGAACACACCUGUGAGUGCCCGGACCAUUUCCUGACUGUCCAAAUAGGAGGUGUGACCCGAUGCCUUCCCAUGUGCACUAGCACCCAGUACAGAUGUGCUAACAAUGAAAGAUGCAUUCCUAUCUGGUGGAAAUGUGACGGUCAGAGGGACUGCAGAGACGGCUCAGACGAGCCUUCCACCUGCCCGGCUCGCCACUGCAGGCUCGGCCAGUUUCAGUGCAAUGAUGGAAACUGCACCAGUCCGAACUUCCUGUGCAACAGCAACCAGGACUGCCACGAUGGCUCAGAUGAAGACCCUGUGCUGUGUGCUUCACACCAGUGUGAAACCCACCAGUGGCAGUGUGCGAAUAAGCGGUGUAUCCCAGAGUCAUGGCAGUGCGAUGGCGAGGACGACUGUGGCGAUCAGUCUGACGAGGACCCUGCCCACUGCUCCGCCAGGACCUGUCGCCCGGGACAGUUCAAGUGCCGAAAUGGACGCUGCAUCCCCCAGAACUGGAAAUGUGAUGUUGAUGACGAUUGCGGUGACAACUCUGAUGAACCGUUAGAGGAGUGUAUGGGACCAGCAUAUCGAUGUGACAACCACACAGAGUUUGUCUGCAAGACCAACUACCGCUGUGUGCCACUGUGGUCUGUUUGCAACGGCCACAACGACUGCAGGGACAACAGUGAUGAGCAGGGCUGUGGUGAGUCUGUGACAACCCGCUUUCCCAACGGCACAUACUGCGCGCCCUUCCUGUUUGAGUGCAAGAACCACGUAUGCGUCCAGUCUCAUUGGAAAUGUGACGGAGACAAUGACUGUGGAGAUAAUUCAGACGAGGAGCUUCACCUCUGCUUGGAAAUCCAGUGUGAGACUCCGUUCCGUUUCCGCUGCGACAACAACCGCUGUAUCUACAGCCACGAGCUGUGUAACUCAGUUGAUGACUGUGGUGACGGCUCUGAUGAGAGACAGGAAAACUGCCAAAGUCCCACUCAUGGACCCUGUACAGAUGAUGAGUACAAAUGCAGUAAUGGACAGUGCAUCCCUCUGCAGUAUGCCUGUGAUGAUUAUGAUGACUGUGGAGACCAGUCGGAUGAGCUUGGCUGCCACCAUGGCAGUGGACACACCUGCAGUAACAACAUCUGUGAACACAACUGUACCGACCUGACACAGGGAGGCAUUCUCUGUUCGUGCAGGCCCGGCUACAAGCCCAGAACGACAGAAAAACACACUUGUGAAGAUGUGAAUGAGUGUGAGGUGUACGGCACCUGUCCUCAGGAGUGCAAAAACACAAAGGGCAGCUAUGAGUGUUUUUGUGCUGAAGGCUUUCUCUCUUUUGGUGAGCCGCAUGGGACUGAGUGCGCUGCCCAGGGAAAUCCACCAGUGCUGCUUUUGCCAGACAACAUUCGCAUCCGUCGUUUCAACCUGUCCUCUGAGCAGUAUUCAGAUUAUGUGGACAACGCUGAGCACAUCCAAGCCUUAGACUACCUGUGGGAUCCAGAGGGACAAGGACUCAGUGUUGUGUACUGGACAGUUCUUGGUCGGGGAUCUCAGUUUGGCUCUAUCAAACGUGCCUACAUGACCACAUUUAACGAUCACGGCAACAACCCAGUGAAAGAAGUGGAUCUGAAUCUGAAUUACAUCUCUAAUCCUGACGGCAUCGCUGUGGACUGGGUUGGCGGGCACAUUUACUGGACAGAUUCAGGCACCAAUCGAAUUGAAGUGGCCAAACUAGAUGGGCGGUACAGGAAGUGGUUGAUCCACACAGACCUGGACCAGCCCGCUGCUAUUGUUGUCAACCCAUCAAUUGGAAUGAUGUACUGGACAGACUGGGGCAGGAAACCCAGAAUAGAAUCAGCGUGGAUGGACGGUCGGCACAGAGAGGUGCUGGUGAGGGAGGAGGACCUGGGCUGGCCUACUGGACUGGCUGUGGACUAUCUGAAUGGGAAUAGGAUCUACUGGUGUGACUCCAAAGAAAACAUCAUUGAGUCCAUGAAGCCGGAUGGCACAGACAGGAAGAUCGUCAUAUCAGGAGACAUUGGCCAUCCCUACAGUCUGGAUGUGUUUGAAGGGCACGUGUACUGGACAACGAAAGAGAAAGGUGAAGUGUGGAGGACUCACAAGUUUGGGAAAGGACAUAAAGUCAAAGUUCUAACCAUCAACCCCUGGCUCACUCAAGUCCGCAUUUACCAGGAGCAGCGACACAACCAGUCAGUACCCAACCCUUGUAAGAAUGUGUGCAGUCAUCUCUGUCUCCUCCGGCCUGGUGGAUACACCUGCGCCUGCCCUCAAGGGUCCUCUCCAGUGCAGUUUGACUCCAAUGAAUGUGAUGCAGCCAUUGAGCCGCCCGUUGUAAUGCCCCCUGCAUGUAGAUGCAUGAAUGGUGGAACCUGCUACACUGAUGAAGGCGGGCUGCCCAAGUGCAAAUGUCCAUACGGUUAUCUGGGCAGCUAUUGUGAGAUGGGGAAGUCAAGGGGCCCUCCAGCAGGAACAGCUGUGGCCGUUUUACUGGCAGUUAUUAUCAUCUUGAUCACUGGAGCUUUGGCUGUUGGGGUUUUCCUCAACUACAAACGAACAGGAUCUUUCAUCCCCUCCAUGCCCAAACUACCCAGCCUCAGCAGCCUGGUGAAAUCCGGUGACACAGGGAAUGGGGUGACGUUUCGCUCGGGUGAUAAUGUUGAUCUCGGACCAUCACACAUUGGAGUGUCAUUCAUUGACACAGCCAUGCAGAUGGACGAUAAUUUCGCCAUGGAAGCUGGGAGGCAGCCAAUCACAUUUGAGAACCCGUUAUACGCCACAGCUCCUGGAGCAGCUGGUGAUCCUGCUGUCAUUCACGCCACACAGGUGACUGUUAAUGUGAGUGGCGAACAGUUGGAGAACAAGUUUGUGAACCCGGCGUAUCGCGAAGAUCAGAGUGUGGGCGUUGUGAACACAUCUUCUGUCAGCACCAAUCCUGUACAGGAGUCAAAGUGGAGCCUUUUCAAGCGAAAAUUAAUGCCAAGCACCACAUUUGAAAACCCUUCAUAUUCAGAGAUGAAGGAUGAAAAGCCUGUGGGAAGCACUGGGGACUCUUCUGCCCCUGAGCCCUCUCCGUUUGUCCCUCCCGCCAAACUUCAGAAGAGGGAUCGUCCGAGCACCUUUUCGCCAACCGAGGACAGUUUCAAAGACACAGCCAACCUUGUGAAAGAGGACAGCGACGUAUAACACACACCCCCCCCCCCCCCCCUCCUCACUGACGGGAAUUGAAAAAAAAGAAACACACUUUGCACAGAAUUUAUUUUUUUAUGCAGUCUGUGUACAAAAACUUGUUUUAGGAAAAGAGAAAUACAUUUCUACAGAAUGAAGAAAAAAAGUCUUCAGUGACUAUGCCUUCUGACAUUUCUUAUGCCAAUUCUUGUGUUAAUGUUUUCUUUAUUCUGAUGUACAAUAUGUAUAUCUUUGCACUGAAGCUGCUGAUAGAAAUGUUGAUAAAUAAGUUGUAUAUUUGUAAAUUUGAACAUUAAGAUUUUGUCAGAAAAUAUCUUUGAAAUAGAUCCUUCGAAUAGUUGAACAAACACAAUUACACAGAUAAUAAAAAGUGAGCUGCAUUCUGAAUGUACAAUACUUGUGAUCAAAGGUUAUUAGAGAAAUGUGUUAAGUAAUGAUAUUUUUUUGCCACUGAACAAAACUGAAGAUGUAUUUACUUCAUCUUUCAUGUUUAUAUACCUCAUUUCAGGGCUGGAAACUAAACAAAAGAAAGUGAUAAUAAUUGGACUUUAACUCAUGUCAUUCAGUUUUUCAAAGAUAUGUGCUCCAGUAUAAACAGAUGCAUAAAAUAUGUGUGCAAAGCAUACUCGUACUUAAUCAAACGCAUUAUGUUCCCUGAGUUUAUGACUUUGACUCAACGUGAUAAAUUGUUUUAGUAAUGAUAUUGGAACGAUGGCCAAAAUUGUUUGGAGCAAUACUUGAACAUGCUUGUGUUUGUUUUGCAUGGAAAUGAUUUGAUGUAGUUGAUUAUCUUGAAAAAGCAACACAUGACCUGAGGAUGCAGAUGUAAAUGGCUGUUUUUUAAACAUGGUGAAUAAAUUCUUAACUUUA